AUGUCAUAUAGCCGUCAAGUUCGUCCGCCAGUCACAACUAGCCAUCUCCCGCCUGCUGCUCCCACUGCUCGUGCCAGACCUGUCGGUGGUUUUGACAAUGCUGAAACGGGACGGAUCCAUCCUAACGAGUUCGACGUUGUGAAUAUGAGCGAAGCAGAUAAACGGGCCGCUGCAGAAUAUUUCAAUACUAAUGGAGUUCGAGGAUUUGAAAACUUUCUAAAUAACAGAUUAAAUGCAUGGCAUGCAAGUCCUUUGAAAGUUGCUAAAACCGGUGAAUCGGGCAGUGGGAAAUCAAUGUUCAUUAAUACGAUUAGAGGUCUUAAUCCAGCUGAUAAUGUUGCCGCUCUAACAGGCGUUACUGAAACUACAGAUCGUGUCGAAGACUAUCCGCAUCCAGAAAAUCCAAAUUUGAUCUUUUAUGAUUUACCGGGGGUCAAUACACCGAAUUUUCCCAGAGACACCUAUUUGGAAAAAGUUAACUACAAGCAGUACGACUUUUUCAUUAUUAUUAGUCGGACACGUUUCACCGACAAUGAUUUAUGGCUGGCAAAAGAAGUAAAAACAAGGGGGAAAUCGUUCUUCUUUGUACGAACGUAUGUUGAUGUAGAUUUAGUGAACGAAAGACGAGAUCGUCCAGAAACAUACGACGAUAGGGCAGUUUUAGAUAGAAUAAGAAAUAACAGUCUGGAUCAUCUAAGAACAAUUGAGAGCAAUCCAAAAGUUUUCGUGAUUUGUGGUCUGUUGAGUCAAACAACAAAAUUUGACUACGGAUUAAUGGCUGAAACACUUCUGAUGGAAUAUCCGUCAUAUAAACGGCAAGCUAUGAUACUAGCUAUGACAAUGAAUUGUAAAGAAGUAAUGAAAGCAAAAGUAAAUGAAUUACGAUCGAAAAUAUGGAUGGUUGCUACUCUUAGUGCAGGAAUUGCUGCUGUCCCAGUUCCUGGUUUAUCGUUCUCAGUAGAUCAAACGCUCCUGCUCGCGUGGAUCAUUCGAUACAAAAAACAACUUGGUCUUGACGAUAAAUCAUUGCAAAAGGUAGCGGCACUGCAUGAUAUUCCAUUAGCAGAAUUACAAGGGCAAAUCCAGUCAAUAUUUUCGGUCUACUUUUUCACUGACUUGCCAAAACUGAUGUAUGUCCUACUUGAAAGCCAGGCCGUGGGUGGAGCAGUAGAGGAAUUCAGUCGAUUUAUUCCCAUAGUUGGCUCAUUCAUAGCUUCAGCCAUAUCGUUUAGUGUUAUCAUGGGUAUGCUUCAUAAAAUGUUGAAUGAUAUGGAAAAAGCAGUUCUGUUAUUGAUUGAUGUAAUCAAAGAACGUUCAGUAAGUCCUGCAGCUGAGCCCUUAUCUAACAUGAAAGCUCGCGCUGCCAGACAUCUUUCAAAGAGCUUUCGCGGCUUUUGUGAAUAG